CUUUCGUCAUCGUCAUCUUCAAAAGCAAUAAUAUUCAUAAUUCGCUGCCUGACACGAUGCAUUGAAUAUGAAAUUAUAACUGCAGGCACUACAACACAUCUGAUUAUUUCGAUCUCCGAGUUUUAUUUCAAUUAAAAAAAUAAAACGAUUUUUUUGUGCUUAUCAAAAACAUUAGAAAAAAAAAACAAAAUAAUAACAAACAACUGAUAACUUCUAACUUCUAACCGUGAUUAAUAACGCUAAUCGGCCAAAAUUGGUCGGUUAGUUGUUAUUCGUGACUACGCAGCGGUUACGUUUAACCGUGUUUGGUGAAAUCCGAAAACUCUGAUUAACAGUGUUGGUGAAAUCGACCCUAAAUCGUAUUAUUUCACCGGUGCUGCAGACGAUAUUAUUAAGUGUAAUAACGUGGAAUAUGAGCAUUGCAGCAGUCGAUGUCGGCGGGGACGGCCGCGGGACGACAGCCGUGCGGGUGCGCGUGAUCGCGCCGUCGUCCAUGGGCAAACCGUCGAACCUGGAGGCGUUCAGCAGAUUCUUGUGGGACGCGGGCAUGUCGGCGCACGUCGACCACUCGAUGUACCGGCCCGGCGCCGACCCGUUCUACGCGAACACCGACCAACACCGCGCGGACGACCUGGUGGACGCGCUGACGGACGACGUGAGCACGGUGGUGUGGUGCGCGCGCGGCGGCGAGGGCGCGUCCCGGCUGAUACCGUACUUGGAGGCGUUGCCGGCGGACCGGAAGCAGAAGAUCCGGGACGCCCGGAAAACGCUGGUCGGCUACAGCGACGCGACCGCGCUGCACGUGUACCUGCAGAGGGUGUACGGGUGGCGGACGGUGCACGGUACCAUGUUGGAGAUGAUCGCCGACCGCGUGGUGGCUCAACAGUCGGUGGACGCGCUGGUGGCCUUGGUGACCGGCCGAUCGGACGGCGUCCGAUACGAGCUGCGGCCGGUGGUGGCCGUCGACCGGCGGCCGGACGAGCUGUCGCUUCGGGGCAGGGUGGCGGGCGGCAACAUGACGCUGGUCGAGAACACGCUGGGCACGGCGUUCGACUUCCGGGGCGACGGCAAGAUCGUGUUUUUGGAGGACGUUCACGUCCAACCGUACUCGUUGGAACGAAGCCUCGACCACAUGAAGCUCGCCGGCGUGUUCCGAGGUGCCGUGGCCGUCGUGUUCGGUUCGUUCAGCGACACGUCGGACGAACGCCUGAUCGCAUUGGUGUUCCGGCGGUUCGCGGCGACCGUGCCGUUUCCGGUGUUCUGCGUGGACGGCAUCGGACACGGUUACGUCAACGAUCCGCUGCCGCUGAACACCGACGCCACGGUGGUCGGACAGACGCGGUUAGGAUCGCCGACUUAUACGCUGACCGUGGACAGCGUCUACGACGCGGAUACGCGGAACCGUAUGGCCGCUUCGCUUGAUCAGCCUGUAGCAGGCGCAGGAGCCAUCGCAGACGUCACGCGGGAAGUUUGACUCCGGAGAAUUCGUUUUUUCCGCGAACAAUUAAAUUGUAAACGCCAGUUGGUGUGUUUGAAAUUUCGUUUUGAAUAAAAAUGGUCUUGAAAAAUGAAAAUAGAUACCUAUCAUGUGUUGAAGAAAUUAGGUAUAAUAAUAAAAUUGUACACGCGCCGUUACCUGGUUCAAAAGCCCAGUGCUGCAGGUCGUAGAACGUCGAUUUGAAAUUCGGUCAAUAAGACAUUUUUAAUUGUAUAAAAAAAAUCAUUAAUUUUUAACAAAUUGUAAGUUUUAUUUGAUACUUAAACAACAGUAGGUUAUGCAUUAUGACUUUAUAUUAUCAACAUUGCGCUGUAAAAAUUUUCUUUAGAGUGGACGAGGACGCAAAUUUUUUUUCCUCGCAUCAUAUUCCUGCACAAAAAAGGGAUCUGAGUACCUGCAGCACAAAGUGCUAAAGAUUAAAAUUAUAUGAAUAUAUUAAUAGCAUUUUUGCAAAAAUUUUGAAAGCAUUAAUUAUUUUUAGGUCAGAGCUGGAAAUAUAUGAUCGACGUUCAUUUUAAUUUAUCGAGGGAAGAAACUUCGUGCCAAAUUCAUAACUAAUUUUGAAUGUUUAUGCUUUUAUUCCGUAAAACAAAAAAAUCUUAACUUUUACUGAAUAGGUUUGAAACUGGAAUUACGUAGUGUUGUUGCCAAUCCGUAAAAUUUUGAUUUUGUAUUGAGUGUUAGGUCACCUAAACAAAAAAAAAAAUUACAAUGGAAAUGUAUAUAAUUCCAAAUACUUUUCUUCUUCUGGGUACGUCGUACCAAUGAACAUUUAUAAAUAUUGAUAAUAAAUUAUCCAUAUAAAUAUAAAUAAUUACCUAUAGUUCCCAUUAGCUGUGAAAGAAAAGUAUAGCUAAUGUAUUUUUUUUAUUUAUGAUCAGCCUGGUAGGCUGUUCUUUAUUUUUGUAUAUUUUGUCCAACUAUUAUAAAACCAAUAUUAAUUUAAAAAGUAAGUACGGCAUUUGCAUAUAACCAAAGGAUAACGAUACUUAUAAAAUGUAUUUUAUCAAUAUUACCGAUAACGAUUAUUGAUUUAAUUAACUAAAACGAAAUAAGCGUACAAGGUUUAUCGAUUAUUUAUUAUGAUAUAUAAAGGUACUUCGUUUCCCCUAUCCCCUCAUCGUUUGCACCGCUAGGUAAAGAUUUUCCGGCGUAUUAUAAUAUCACAAUUAUUUUUUUUUUAUUAACGCAAUAAUGUAAUAUCUAAAAAUGCUCAUGAUAAUAUAUCUAAUACAACGGAUAAUACAGUGUUUUGGAUAGAUAAUUAAUAAAUCAUUGUCGAGACCUAAUUUUUUGGCAAUGUUUUUGAUAUAAUCAUAUUAUUU